AUUUAUUUACAUCAUUGAUUUUAUGAAAUCUUUUAGGUGUAUCGAAUGUGUUCAGUUCGUCGCGAAGUUAAAUUUGUCAUUUUGCUGUUUUGUCUUUUGUUGAGUCGCGGAGCUGCUAGCGUGAACAGAUGACUUAACGUGGCGUGAAUUGUUCAUCGUGUGACCAAUUUUUUUUGUUUUGUUUUUUUUUGGCAGAGAUUUUACCUUUUUUGUCUGUUUCAGCUUUUAGCAUUACUUUUUCAUCAUUGUUGGUUGGAUUCUGUUGUGUGCUUCAGAUUUAGCGUUGUGUACCAUUUGGUCAUGUGAGGCAUCUGAUUUCAGUGGUGCGCCCUCUCAUGCUGAGAAUGAAGAUGCACCCCUGCCUGGGGAAGAUGGUAUGCUCUGUGCCUAGCUGUAAUUUUACACUUUGCUCUGCUUGCCAUGUGGCAGUGGGGGAGGGGUUAGUCUGCUACGUUCCAGUUUCCUGUUUUCAGUCUUCUGUUAAAACCACAUUUGGAGUCUAAUGUUUGUAAAGAUGAUCAAGAAGUCUGUUGAUCAUCUUUUAAUCUCUAGAAUUUGAUUUUAAAAAUUUGUUUUUGAUGGUUUGACCCAAGGUUUCAUGGCCUGAUUUUGUGUGUGGUUUCUUUUUUUCUGGUGUGUUGUGAUUUGCUUCUGGAUUAGGGUGUUGGUUUAUCAUGUGCGGGUGUUGCUACACCAUGUUCUGCUGUAACUAAACAACACUGUAAACCACAUGGUAGAGUCCUAGUUCCCCCUCCCCCUCCCCUUUCUCGUUCUUUCUCUCGCGCUCUUGCUCUCUUGCUCUUCCUGCUUUCUUGCUUCCGCCUGCAUAUUGUGGCUCUUUGGACUGUAGUGGCUAGGUUCACGUUCUUUGCUCACGUUCCUGCUUGCAAAGCUAAUGAAGGCCUACAUUUAAACAAGGAUUAUUCAAGGUUUUCUGGCUUUUUUUUUUUGGGUUUGACACCUUAAAAUUACUUUUGUAGGAUGGGAAGGCCUAAGGUGCAUUCAUACAAGUAGGUCAAGGUAUGAAAGCUUGAGAAGAGGAGGUGUUUGAGUCUGCUUUGUCCAUGAGAUUACCAGGACACUACUCAACUGAGUGAACACUUUGAUGGUUCCAAACAGCAAACUGUUAUUGAUUGUGUUAAUAUAGCCUAGACGGAUUUGAAAAUGGAGCUAAUUUAAACGGAGGUUGCAGUGCUUGGACUUUGAAACCUUUCAUGCAACCUUUGGGGACUUGUCUGCAGUCUCUGCUGGAUGAAUUUUCUCAUGUUUUGGGCUCUGCUGGAUGGAUUUUCUCUUGGUGUUUUGGGUUGCUUUCACUGGGGAGCCUGUCGCCACAGAAAUCUGAUUCUGGACCAAUCCUGUGGUCAAAUCCAUGAACAGGGAGGUACUGAGGAACACAGCAGUCAGUUUACGCAGGUGAAAAAAUGGAAGUCGCUGUGCCGGAAGAGCCUCAGAAGAAGAUUUUCCGUGCCCGGAAAACUAUGAAAAUGAGUGACCGUCAACAGCUGGAAGCGCUCCACAGCACCUUGUCCAACGUGGCCUCCAACUCUUCGUCUACCCCCUCCUCUUCCUCACGGCCACAAACACCGCUGGUGAAUGGAACCCACAUGGAGGAUGGACAGAAGGUGAAAGAGAAGGAGAAAGACUUGCAACGGCAGUCUCCCUCUCUCUCCGACUCUCGAUCGCCCUCACCUUCUGUGAAGAAAGGGUCAGAGAAGGGCAAAGGUGAGGAGAAAAAAGGAGAGAGGAAGGAUGAAAAGAAGCCAGAGGAAGCCGACACCGACAAGAUGGAAACCUCUAAAUCUGACAGGAAGGGUGACCCGAAAAAGACGCCUGCGGACCAACUGUUCAAUGGAGAGACUGCCGCCAUGGAUACAGAUGGCGCCCCACUUGACAACGGUUCAGCAGAGGAGAAGGAGGAGAAAGGCAUUAAGAGCUCCUCGUCUUCUGCUUCUGGUUCUCCUGCUGCCGGCCUGGAAUGCGACCCGGAAGUGAAAGAGGGCUUCCUGUUUCUCAGUGAGGAAGAUGAGGGCCAGGGAGAGCGGGAUGAGGUGAAAGAGAAGAGCGAGGAGAAGAUGGAUCUGGAUGCUGUGAAAGACGAGAAGAAGGAGGCAGAGGGUGCGCAAGGAUGUAAAGCUGCAGAUAGCACAGGCAGUGGCACCCCUGCAGCUAAGAAGAGGUCCUUCUCACCAGAAGGGGGGAAAGAUGGACGAAAAGAUGUAGAUAUUAAAGAGGAAAGAGAUGGGAAGAGAGCAAGGGUGGAGGGAGUGGAGCUUGAGGCCCAGCUAGAGCUGAAGAUCACAGCCAAUGCAGGCAGCCGUCUGAAACUGGAAAAGGUGGUGCAGCAGCUGGUGGAGGAUCGGUUGCGGGUGCUACAGCUGACCGUGUUUGACCGCAAUCUCAAAGAGCUCAAGGACCGGGUGGAGAAGAUAGACUCUGCCACCAAACAGCAAAAUGCUCUUCAACACAUCAGCACGCUGCAGGCUAAGAUUUCACGUCUGUCCAAGAAGUUUGGAGCUGCUAACCAGGCAACAGAAAAUUCCAAAAAAGCUCAAGAGGCUGCUGCUGCAAAGGCUGCUGCCACAACCAACACCACCACAGCAACUCAGCGCAUCGAAAGGACCACACUAGAUCCGAAGCAGCCCAAUGCUCCGGGGUCGACCAGCUCUACCGCUACCCCAGCUCAGCUUAAACCUCUCUCCACUCCAACUACGCCAACUUCCUCUGCUUUGGCUGCUCCUGCCCCCAUCCUUCAAAUCCUCUCAACAACAACAGGCUCCACCCCUUCCUCCUCUACCUCUUCUCUGACCGGCCAGGCCCAGCCAGGCACUCUGCUGCUGCAGACCCGCCCCAAUACGGGCGUUAUGAAUACAAACACGGCCACAUCAGGGGGCCAGUCCAUGUCCAUCCAGCCUUUGCUGAUUCAGCUGCCGCUGGCCAUGGCCAAUGGACAAGCAGGGACUUUAGCGGGGGGCGUUGGUCUGAUCCCAGUGUCUUCACUGGCCACAGUUAAUAAUCUUAACAAAGCCAAGACCACCACAGCUACCACCACCAUUAUCCUGCAGAAGUCGGCGGGCAAUGUUGUCUCGUCUUCCUCACCAUCGUCAUCCUCCACAGCUCCACAGAUGUCGUCAGGCAGGUCAAUGUAUCAGGGCGGUUCAGGGGCUGUGAGUUCACCCAGUGCUGCUGUUUCUGUGACAACCGCCCGCACGCCAACGCAGUGCGCGGCCGUGGUGGGAGUGGCUACAGCCUCGUCGUCCCCAGCAACCACAGGCCCUGCAGCAACGGGUUCGGCUGCAGCCGCGACCUGUCCACCUUCUGCAUCUGCAAUGGCCUCUAAGACAGAUAAUCAAGCCUCUAACUCUACUCCAGCCAAAUCUCCUUCUCAGUCUGCUCGGCCCAAGAGUUCAUUCAUAGAUCUGACUGAGGAUGAUGAUGAUGUGCAAGUGACAGGCGUGCAGAAGGCUACUGCUUCCUCUAUUACCACCACUACCCAGAGACUCUCAGGGCCACCCCCGUUAGUCAGCUCCACCUCUGUUGCAGGUCGCUCUGCAGUGCAGCAUCGACCCUCAGUGGACUUGCCUUCUAAAUCCCGUCCAGGCUCAUCCUCCUCGACUCCUCUUCCUCCAUUGCCGCUAGCCCCGACCCCUCCUGCAAGGCUGCCCCCGGAGGCUGCCCACACCUCGCCACCCCAGCAGCCGCAGUUGAAGCUGGCCCGCGUCCAGAGUCAGAAUGGUAUCGUCCUGUCCUGGUGCGUCGCUGAAACGGAUCGCAACUGUGCGGCAGUGGAUAGCUACCACCUAUACGCUUACCAUCAGGACCACCAGGGGGCAGCAGCCAGUGGUGCUGCCUCGUCUCAGUCGCUGUGGAAGAAGAUUGGCGAGGUGAAGGCGCUCCCCCUGCCCAUGGCCUGCACUCUGACUCAGUUUGUGUCUGGUUCUACUUACUACUUCGCUGUGAGGGCUAAAGAUGUGUAUGGACGCUUUGGGCCAUUCUGUGAACCGCAGUGUACAGACGUCAUCAACCCGCCAUCCUCGGGCUCCUCUUGAGCUGGAUGAGUAUCUUAGGCUGGAGAAGGAAAACUUGGUGUAGUUGGCGUAAAGGACAAAUACACAAACAUUGGUAAAAAAUUGAAUGAUUAACUAUACAUCAGACUGCUGGUUUAGUUAAGACCUUUCUGGUAUUAGAAAUGGUGCGAGUGAGGACGGGACAUUUCAAACAUGCAGUACACGUGCGCACACACACACACACACACACACACACUAAAACACAGACCUGCACACUAUCCAGUUUGACGUUAUUUUAAGGAAACGUUGGAGUUGGCACCAGUGUGAAUCCUCCCCUAAAAGGAAUUUUCCAUGUGUAGAAUGGUUGUACAGAGUUAAGUGUUGAACCAAUAGGUCAGAUAUUUAUACGUUGUAUUUGGUCUGUUCAAAUCUUUUUUCUUUUUCUAAGGAUAAUUUUUUUUUUAAUAAAAAGACAUUCAAUACAUUGCACGUAUGCUCCAUAAUAUGGCCUGGUUUCAAACUACACAAAGUUGGUGGCAUUAAUGCUUUUGUAAUGUUCUGUCUGGUAACCAGACACCCUGAGAACAACGUUCAAAUAAAGGUAUUGACUUGAAAACAAAA